CCAGUGACAUGUCGCUAAUCAGCACCUUGUGGAAAUGUAUUUUCAGUCCUCGGCUUUAUAAAUUCUACGAAGUUUCAUGGGUAGGGCGUCUCAUCGACAAGCCGUAUGAAGCAAAAGGACUGGAAAGAUGGGGAGAUCAUGUUGUUAUUACGUUUGUAACAGCAUGGUCUUUCACCAUAUAUGCCAUUCCACUGAUCGUAAUAGUCUUAUUUAGAAGAGGUUCGCCUUUGGCAGAUGCCUAUACGAUAACUCAAUUUGUAACAGGAGCGAGUAUUCUAUUAGCGACAUCUCUUAUGGCUAGAGGAUACUCAAGAGCGAAGAAUCCGACUUAUUUGAAAUUUAUGAAAGUGCUAGAUAAAACAAAAUCUCAUUAUCCUAAUAUUAAGCAGGAGCUUGGCAAAUAUGAUUUUGAGUUUUGGGCAUGGCCCAUUGAUUUUGAUGUAUCAUCAUCGGACAAGAGUAAAUAUAAAAGAAAAUUAACAUUACAAAAUCUGGAUUCAAGUAGUCGAGCAAUGAGUCCUAGAAGAAGAGAUUCGAUACUCACUGUACCUUGUAAAAUUCUAUCAUAUGGCAUUGCUCACACCGUCGCCCUAAAAUUAAUAUAUCCAGGAUCUAUUUCUCUUGUCAAUUGGAUAAUGAGUGGAAUGCUUUUACAAGGUAGAAUAGAUUUAAUCAAAAUUGGAGCGGAGAGAUUUAAGUUAUUAACAGCUGAUAAUAAUGAAAUAGAUGCAAUUUUUUUGGAUCGUCGAUACAAGAAUACAAACGGUACAACGCUCGUUAUAACGUGUGAAGGAAAUUGUGGAUUUUAUGAGAUUGGAAUCAUUACCACUCCAUUGAAUAAAGGUUAUUCUGUUUUAGGGUGGAAUCAUCCAGGUUUCGAAGGUAGCACUGGCCUUCCAUUUCCUGACCAAGAAGAAAAUGCUAUUGAUUGUGUAAUGAAAUUCGCUAUUAAUAAACUAGGAUUUCCAGAAAAUAAAAUUAUAUUAAAUGGUUGGAGUAUUGGAGGAUACACAGCUUCUUGGGCUGCCAUGAAUUAUCCUUACAUUCAUAGUCUGCUCCUGGAUGCAACAUUCGAUGACAUCUUACCACUGGCAUUAGCUCGUAUGCCUACAUCGAUAGAACCUUUAGUACGAAAUGUUAUUAGAAAUUAUUUUAAUUUAAAUAUUUCGGCACAGUUAAAUAGGUAUGACGGUCGCGUUUUAAUAAUUAGAAGGACCGAUGAUGAAAUGAUUUGCGUACCAGAUAACUGUUUAGCAGGAAAUAGAAGUAAUAAGUUAUUGGAGAAAUUAUUAUCUCGACGAUAUCCUAAUCUUUUUGCUAAUUCUACGGAUUCAUUUACGCUUUUAUCAAAUUUCCUUGCUGCGCCGACAUACGCCGCUAGACAACUUAUAGUGGAUGAUAUUGGGGUCGAUCAAAGCCGUUGUAUAAAUUUGAUAGCAACCGAUAUUUUAGACAAUAACAGUAUUGUAAAAUAUCCAUCAAAAUUGGGAAGAGACUGUAAUUACAAAACAAAACAACAACUUGUAAUUUAUUUGGCGACUAUGUACAUGGACGAACAAAAUUCGCAACAUUGUAUACCACUGACUUCUGAACUUUUCCGAUCUGGUUGGGAUCCAAUGUCUACAAUAAAGAUUACGAAUAAGGAAACUGAUGAUUUUUGUUAAACAAAUAUUAUGUGGCUGUGAGCUUUAAUAAGAACUCUAACGUUGAUGUUAAAUUUAAAAAAAUUAUAAUUUUAUGAUUAUGGUGGCUGAAACGAAGGAUCAGGGUAAAUUAUUUAAGAAAUUUCGACAUAGUGUUUUUGUACGCGAAGCAAAUAUUUUUUUUUUUUUUU